GAUCACACGACGGAUGGCGAGCAGAAAGGCCAAGGUCCUCGCCGGCGCGGUGGCCGGCACGGUGCUCGUGGCGGCCGAGGUGGCCCUCUACCUCUGCCUGCGCCUCUCCAGGCCCUUCUACCUCUCCACGGCCGCCGUCCUGGCGGCGACGGUCCUGACGCUGCUGCUCCUGCUCCACUGCACGGCGGGGCGGGCGGAGCGCAUGGCGGCGCGCCGGGCUCUGGACGACGGCGAGGAGCUGCGCGCCGAGUACAGCUACUUCCGCAAGGUGGCCGGGCUGCCGCGCAAGUUCUCCCUGCACGCGCUGGCGGCGGCCACGGACAACUUCCGGUGCGUGGCCGGGCGGGGCGCCUCCGGCACGGUCUUCCGCGGCGUCCUCGACGACGGCAUCCCCGUCGCCGUCAAGCGGAUCGCCGACGACCGCCCCGGCGCCGGCCGCGCCGACAAGGAGUUCCGGGCGGAGGUGGCGGCCAUCGCCGGCGCGCAGCACGUCAACCUGGCCCGCCUCCUCGGCUUCUGCCUCGGCUCCCCGCGCUUCCUCGUCUACGAGUACAUGGACCACGGCUCCCUCGACCGCUGGAUCUUCCCCGCCCCCGGCGGCGAAGCAAAUGACGCCGCCGACGCCCGCCCGCGCUGCUGCCUGCCGUGGCCGCGCCGCUACCAGGUCGCCGUCGACGUGGCCAAGGCGCUCGCCUACCUGCACCACGACUGCCGCUCCAAGGUGCUGCACCUGGACGUCAAGCCGGAGAACAUCCUCCUCGACGACGGCUUCCGGGGCGUCCUCUCCGACUUCGGCCUCUCCAAGCUCGCCGGCAAGGACCAGAGCCGGGUGGUCACGGCGGUGCGCGGCACCGCGGGCUACCUGGCGCCCGAGUGGCUCCUCGGCGCCGGCGUCACGGAGAAGUCCGACGUCUACAGCUACGGGAUGGUGCUGCUGGAGCUGGUCGCCGGCCGCCGCUGCGUGCGGCCGGAGGAGGACGGCGGGUGGUCGUACCUGCCCAAGAUCGCCGCCGAGAUGACGCGGGCGGGGCGCGUGAUGGAGGUGGUGGACCGGAGGCUCUCCUCCGGCGUCGGGGAGGCGGAGAAGGCGGCGGUGCGGCGCGCGGUGCACGUGGCGCUGUGGUGCGCGCAGGAGAAGGCCGGGGCGCGGCCGAGCAUGGCGCGCGUGCUGGAGAUGCUCGAGGGGAGGGUUGCCGGGGAGGUGGAGGCGCCGCCGCCGUCGGACACCAUCAUGGAGGACCUGCUGGCGCUCGGCCACGCGCGCGAGCGCGGCGGCGGGCCGUUCCGGCUGCCGUUGCCGAGCCCGACCGGGAGGGCCGCCUCGUCGGCGUCGGUGCUGAGCAAAUACGACUCGUUCGCCAUGUCCUAUCUGUCAGGGAGAUAGCGUUCCUCAUCAUGCACAGUGGAGUCAGCUAUUAGCCUUUUAACUGCAGCAUUUGUGGGUGAGACUUGUGCUGACGUGGCAUGUGGUUAGACUGUGAUUAGUCAAUCAGUUCGCCACGGAGGCGGUCUACUUGUCACUUGUGAAGGAAAAAUUUGUAGGCAUCGCCACGUGGCACGUUGCUUGUACCGAAGCGAUGACUAUUCAACCUCGGGAGCUGGGAGGAUGAACAAGAGGGCGGAAAACAAAAUUAGGGUUUUUUUUAGGGUAGGCGAUGAGGAGGCCACCAGCGGCGAGGAAAAGGUUGUCGGUGGCACAAUUCCGGUUAGCAUGCCGGUUUGAUUGUGCCAUUUUCACGCACCUAGUGUUGUGGAGGUUGGACACAAGGUAAUUUAUAAUUUAUUACAAAGCCAUCACUAAAUAUUUGUCAAAAUUCCUGUCUUAACCCUAAA